UUCUGGGGGGGAAGAAGAAGAAUGAAUGAAUGAAUGAGUUCCAGGGAUGAAGGAGUGGGAAGGAGGUUAAUGUAAAGAGCAUCUUUUAAGUUAGAACCCAAAGGGCUUUUUUUAUUGCAUCAUCCUAAUGGGGGCCGGUUGCAGUGCCCCCUCCUGGGAUGCUGUGCCCAUGUGAAGCAGAGAGGUGAGAGAUGUGGACUUGGUGGGACACCCUGGGCCGUCCUCCAAACCCCUGAUCCCAGGGGAGUGAGGGGAGAUCUCUGCUCCCUGGAAUCAGCCAUGGAGUGCCCCCUUCCGGCGGACGUCUCAGAGGGAGACCCCCAGCCAACGCCUUCCUGUCAAAAGCAGGUUAGGCGACAAAGAAUCAUGGUGUACAGGCCUGCCCCUGAGAAGCAAGGGUCUUCCGCUGUCUGCCGGAAACCUCUUGAGCGAGGCAGGAUGCCUUCCCUCGAAUGCGGGGAUGCAGACAGGUCGCCCAGCAAGAAACAACGGCUGCAACAGGGUCCCCUCCCAGUGCUGGAGAGCAGCAGGGAAGGUUGUGGCAGAGGGGGAGAGACCCUGUGGCACAUGGCAUCUCCUAUGGAGAGGAAACAACGGAAAGUUCUGGCUGUGGAUCUGGGGGACUUUCCCACAACUGAAGUGCCUGAAGCCCCACAACGGUGCUCACCUCUGCAGAGAUCACCUGAGUCCCCCUGUGUAAGCCUCCUCCCACCAUCCAGUAUGAAUGAAGUUGGACCCUCCUGGCCGGCAAAGGGUCAAAGCGGCACUUUCUCCAGGCCAUCUUCUCCUAAGGGCUACUCCCUGUCCUGUCAAGAGCCUCGGGAGCGACUGGGUCACGCUUGCCAGAAACCGUGGCCUCAGAGGGUGCCUCAGAGUCCCGAGUUGGAGCGCCUGGAAGCCAAAAGGCAGCGUCUUCAAAGGGCAGCACCCCUAGCAAACGGCAGUGAGGCGAUCCAGGCGUCUGCGCUGGAGAAGGCCCGCCAGCAGAUCCUGGCCAUCAGCCUGGACGACUGUUCCUUCAGCCAAGCGAGAGAUGACGGUGCCGGCAAGGAGCCGCUGGAGACCUCACUGUGCCCCUGUAGUAGUUAUCAAGCGACGCCUCCUCACCAAAUGCCCAUCGUCAACGUGGAAGAGCCCACCCUUCCUGAUAGACAUGAGAAACGUCACCAGACAGAUGCCCCUUCUGAAAUAACUGAACCGCUCUCUUCCUGGCCACCUUCAAUGACAGCUCUCUUACGUCCAUCCGUGGUCCCCCGUUUCCGGCACUGGGGGCUGGCUCCCGUCUUCCAGAGUAUGCGGUCCAAGCUGGAGGCUUUCGCCGACAUCUUCCUUAGUCCGUCCAAGCCCUCCCUUCCGUCCUCUGAGGAGAUGCCCUCCUUACCACUGUGUCCCCAACAGACAGAGGACCGGGCAGCUGCCCAACCGGGAACUCCCCGCCGAGGAGUCAACAUCCAGGUCAAAAUUGCCAUUUCAGAGCCGCGUCCCCGGAAGAGGACUUGCCACCCCGAAGAAGAGGAGGCGGCGGCAGGCAGCCUGGUGGUGAGCGGGCGGCCUCCAAUCUGCCAGUGGCGCCUGAACGAAGGGGAUCCGGCUCCCCAGCCCCGUCUUGGACGCAGCUACUCCUGCCCGGAUUUUCCGGGAGCCCGUUCUUGGCGAGCCUCCGCUACAUCUCUUUCCCUGCCUGCGCAGCUGCGACAGCGCCGGCACACGGUGUGUAGCCUGGAGGUAUCCCGAGAGCUGGGCCGUCCUACCAUGCCCUGCCUACGCAAAGAGGUGUAUCCCUUCAGUACGCCCCCUGGGAGUACAGUACGUCCCUCUGCGCACUCUCCCCGCUGUGACGGCUCCUCCCACUCUUCCCCUGUGCCUUCCUGCUGCUUUGCAUCCGACCCAGUUCAUUCCAGGGACCUGUCCUCUUCUCCUGAUGGUGCACAGAGAGUACCAGGUGUUGGCCGGAAUGUGGCUGAUUCGGAGAUGCUCACGUCAGAGCAGGUGAUGCUCUCAGAGUCCGAGGGUUCCCAAGAGAACACAGUAGGGAAGGUCUCCUGCAUAAGGAUCCGCAGGACGCCUGUCAGGCAGCAGGCAAACCUCACCCCCAUGGGGCUUCCCCGGCCGGUCAGGUUAAACAAGAAGGAAUUCAGUUUAGAGGAGAUCUACACAAACAAAAACUACCGCACACCCACAGAGAAGAGGUCAUUUGAGACUAUUUUUGAGGUGCCACUGGAACGCAACGGGGCGCUCGUCUUCACCAGCCAACGCAAGUUAAAAAGAGCCAUGGAGUUCCGGGAGGGAGGCCUUCCCCGCAAACCACGCAAAGCCCGUUCCCGAGGAGGGCGCAGAGCUGGGGGACGGAGGGCUCAGUCGCAGCCCCCUGAGCUGGAGGAGAUGUUGCAGCAGCGGCUGGCGGAGCUGGAUGCCUUAUUUGAGGAAGAAGAAUGCUGAGCUGAACAGAGCUGGCCUCUCUAAAGAGGAAAGGGUAGCCACCUUAGGGUCCUUUGCACUCCUGUCUUUCCCCCAGAAGUACCUGUUUCUGUGAGCUGGGGAAUCUCUUUCAAAUUGCCAUCACCACUCCACCUGUGGCCACCUUCGCUCUCUAAGCCCAGCUCCCCUCUGAAAAUUGGGUCUUUUGUGGAUUCCUUUGUGGAUUCUAGAUCAGAGUCAAAACAUGGACACUGUGUCUAUUAAAACUGGGUUUUGGUGUCACUCUCUGCCACCUGGCCGGUCACCAAGCUGCCUGCUUUGGUAUCAUGACAUAUCCUCCCACUCAGCUCUUUGGCUCACAAGCACAAGAGGAAGAAUGUUCGUGGUAUCAUGAACCUGCCCCGUCUCUUUGCUCUUCCUACGCACAGUUAAGCUGCUGGUGCCUUGUUGCUUGGUGGAGUAGUGGAGCGGUAUCUUCCAUCCACCGUGCUAGACCAGUUGUGUCCUCUGCCAGGAAGUGAUGUGCCUGCCCAGGUGGGGAACAAAUACCCAAUCUGGGGUUUCUCUCCCCCGCCCCCGCCCCCCCCCCCCAAAAAAACAAAACAAAAUAUGAAUGUAAAGCAAUUUCCAGGUCUAUUGGUUGGAAAGUCCAAAGGCAAAUUAGAAGAAAAAGCAGGAGGCUUGUUGUGGGACAGGAAAUGACACGGACAUAGAGGAGAGGUGCCAAGUUUGAAAAAAGAAGAGUGCAUCCAUCCAAAUGGCAAAACCUACAGUCUACAAACAGCUGAGAACUUUGCCGAGUUUGUUUGGGUCCUCAUUUAGGAUCAAGGCCUCACUGUUCCCAGUUCCUGUUGACAUUCUGGGGAAGCUAGGCAGUUGUUGUUUUUGGUUUGCAUUUUUGUAUUAAUCUAUAUUUCUAAUAAACAUUUUGGCUUUAAAAAAAAA